AUUUAUUUCAUUUAUUUGAAAGAGUUACAGAGAGAGAUAGAGACACAGAGAGAGGUCUUCCAUCUGCUGGGUCACUCCCCAGAUGGCCACAAAGGCCAGAGCUAAGCCAAUCCAAAGCCAGGAGCCAGGUGCCCAGAGCCAGGAGCUUCUUUUGGGUCUCCCACAUGGGUGCAGGGGCCGAAGCACUCAGUCAUCUUCUGUUGCUUCCCCCGGCCAUAGCAGAGAGCUGGAUUGGAAGUGGAACAGCCGGGACACGAACUGGUGCCCAUAUGGGAUGCCAACGCUGCCAGCCAGGGCUUUAACCUGCUGUGCCACAGCGCUGCUCCUAACGUGCAUGUUUAACCAGCUCCCAGAGCCACCCCAGAGACCGCCAGACGGGGGCCCUGCUGGUGCACAGUGGUCAUUCUCAAACUGAACCCUAAACAAAGCAUUCACUCUUAUUCAGAUGCAUAUGGCUGGGCUUCAGGGUGUCUGGGGUGGGACUGAACAUUUGGCAUUUUCUAGCACAAAUAUUUUGUCAAACUGAAAGUUUCUUUGAAUUUUCUGCAACUUAAAGCUCCCUUUUGUGAGGUGGCUCAUCUCUGGCCCUCUUGAGGAAUACAAAAUAAUGAAAGAAUGUCACUGGAUGCAGCUAAGAUCUUCUGCUAAGGGCCAAGAGGAAGUUAAAGAUAUUUUCGUAAGAACACCCCAGGAUGACAGUUUGAAGAAGCAGGUGCCGUACGGUCAGACGGUCUUGCUGGAAGAACCAGAGCCGAAGCCGAAGCUGGGGAGCAGGUUGGGGGAGCACAGUGCCAGAGCUGGCUUUGGCAUCACCUAGGUAACCCCUAUUGUUUGUCAGAGGUGACUGUGAUAAUAGUGCUGCUGUUAGCAGAUGCAGCGGUCUGUUGGCCCAUAGUCAACCUCAAGUGAGAGUGGCUGGGGGGGAAGCGCUAUCAUCUCCUGCGUGGCAGGUGGAGGAGACGCUGGAAGGUAGAAUUCUCUAAAGAAACUGUCUCCCUGAGAAGCACUUUGCCAGGGCUUUCCCGGCAAGGUCAGGGGACCCGUUCGCUCUUCGGGCUACAAGAAGGCAGAGGAUGAGAUGUCCCGGGCCACGUCUGUGGGAGACCAGCUGGAGGCACCGGCCCGCACCAUUUACCUCAACCAACCGCAUCUCAACAAAUUCCGCGACAACCAGAUCAGUACAGCCAAGUACAGCGUGUUGACAUUUCUACCUCGAUUCUUGUACGAGCAGAUUAGAAGAGCUGCUAAUGCCUUCUUCCUCUUCAUUGCCUUAUUACAGCAAAUUCCAGAUGUAUCUCCAACAGGACGAUAUACCACCCUGGUGCCAUUGAUCAUUAUUUUAACAAUUGCAGGCAUCAAAGAGAUUGUAGAAGAUUUUAAGCGACAUAAGGCAGACAAUGCUGUUAACAAAAAGAAAACAAUAGUGUUAAGAAAUGGUAUGUGGCAUACCAUUGUGUGGAAAGAGGUGGCAGUGGGCGACAUCGUGAAAGUCCUCAAUGGGCAGUAUCUUCCAGCAGACAUGGUCCUGCUCUCCUCCAGUGAACCUCAGGCAAUGUGUUACGUUGAAACAGCAAAUCUCGACGGCGAGACAAACCUUAAAAUACGCCAGGGUUUGAGUCACACUGCUGACAUGCAAACAAGGGAUGUGUUAAUGAAGUUAUCUGGAACUGUAGAAUGUGAAGGGCCCAAUCGCCACCUCUAUGACUUCACUGGAAACUUGAACUUAGAUGGAAAAAGCCCUGUUUCCCUUGGGCCUGACCAGAUCUUAUUAAGAGGUACACAGCUUAGAAAUACUCAGUGGGUCUUUGGCAUAGUUGUGUAUACUGGACACGACACCAAGCUCAUGCAGAAUUCAACCAAAGCACCUCUCAAGAGAUCAAAUGUUGAGAAAGUGACCAACGUGCAGAUCCUGGUAUUGUUCGGAAUCCUCUUGGUCAUGGCGUUGGUGAGCUCAGUGGGGGCUCUGUACUGGAAUGGGUCCCAUGGUGGAAAAAACUGGUACAUCAAGAAGAUGGACGCGAGUUCGGACAACUUUGGAUACAAUCUGUUGACGUUCAUCAUUUUGUACAACAACCUCAUUCCCAUCAGUCUGUUGGUGACCCUUGAGGUUGUGAAAUACACACAAGCCCUCUUUAUAAAUUGGGACACAGAUAUGUAUUAUCUAGGAAAUGACACUCCUGCAAUGGCCAGGACCUCAAACCUUAAUGAAGAGCUUGGGCAGGUAAAAUACCUAUUUUCUGACAAGACUGGAACUCUUACAUGCAAUAUCAUGAACUUCAAGAAGUGCAGCAUUGCUGGAGUAACCUAUGGUCAUUUCCCGGAGCUGGCGAGAGAGCCGUCCUCUGAUGACUUCUGUCGUAUACCACCUGCCCCUAGUGAUUCCUGUGACUUUAAUGACCCCCGGCUGUUGAAGAACAUUGAAGAUCACCACCCCACAGCCCCUUGCAUUCAAGAGUUCCUCACCCUGCUGGCGGUGUGCCACACUGUGGUCCCCGAGAAGGAUGGCGAUAACAUCAUCUACCAGGCCUCUUCCCCAGAUGAAGCUGCGCUGGUGAAGGGAGCCAGGAAGCUGGGCUUCGUCUUCACGGCCAGGACGCCCUACUCCGUCAUCAUCGAGGCGAUGGGACAAGAGCAGACAUUUGGAAUCCUUAAUGUUCUGGAAUUUUCUAGUGACAGGAAAAGAAUGUCGGUGAUCGUUCGAACUCCUUCAGGACAACUUCGGCUCUACUGUAAAGGGGCUGAUAAUGUAAUUUUUGAGAGACUCUCAAAAGACUCAAAAUACAUGGAGGAAACAUUAUGCCAUCUGGAAUAUUUUGCCACAGAAGGCUUGCGGACCCUAUGUGUGGCUUACGCUGAUCUCUCUGAGAAUGAUUAUGAAGAAUGGCUGAAGGUCUAUCAGGAAGCCAGUACCAUACUGAAGGACAGAGCCCAGCGGCUGGAAGAGUGUUACGAGAUCAUUGAGAAGAAUUUACUGUUACUCGGAGCCACAGCCAUAGAAGACCGCCUGCAGGCCGGGGUGCCAGAAACCAUAGCAACUCUGCUGAAGGCAGAAAUUAAAAUAUGGGUGUUGACAGGAGACAAACAAGAAACUGCAAUUAACAUUGGAUAUUCCUGCCGAUUGGUGUCACAGAAUAUGGCUCUUAUCCUACUAAAGGAGGAUUCUCUGGAUGCAACGAGGGCGGCCAUCACGCAGCACUGCGCUGACCUGGGCAGCCUGUUGGGCAGGGAAAACGACGUAGCCCUCAUCAUCGACGGCCACACGCUGAAGUAUGCACUGUCCUUCGAAGUCCGGAGGAGCUUCCUGGAUCUGGCGCUGUCGUGUAAAGCGGUCAUCUGCUGCAGAGUGUCUCCUCUGCAGAAGUCCGAGAUAGUGGACGUGGUGAAGAAGCGGGUGAAGGCCAUCACCCUGGCCAUCGGGGAUGGUGCCAACGACGUGGGCAUGAUCCAGACGGCGCACGUGGGAGUGGGCAUCAGCGGGAACGAGGGCAUGCAGGCCACCAACAACUCGGAUUACGCCAUUGCACAGUUUUCCUACUUAGAGAAGCUUUUGCUGGUUCAUGGAGCCUGGAGCUACAACCGUGUGACGAAGUGCAUACUGUACUGCUUCUACAAGAAUGUGGUCCUGUACAUCAUUGAGCUCUGGUUCGCCUUUGUUAAUGGAUUUUCUGGGCAGAUUUUAUUCGAACGUUGGUGCAUCGGCUUGUACAAUGUGAUUUUCACCGCCCUGCCGCCCUUCACCCUGGGGAUCUUCGAGAGGUCUUGCACUCAGGAGAGCAUGCUCAGGUUUCCACAGCUCUACAAAAUCACCCAGAACGCCGAAGGCUUCAACACAAAGGUUUUCUGGGGUCACUGCAUCAACGCCUUGGUCCACUCCCUCAUCCUCUUCUGGUUUCCCAUGAAAGCACUGGAGCACGAUACUCCAUUGACCAGUGGACAUGCCACCGACUAUUUGUUUGUUGGAAACAUUGUUUACACGUAUGUGGUUGUUACCGUCUGUCUGAAAGCUGGUUUGGAGACUACAGCUUGGACUAAAUUCAGUCAUCUGGCCGUCUGGGGAAGCAUGCUGACCUGGCUGGUGUUUUUCGGAGUCUACUCAACCAUCUGGCCCACCAUCCCCAUUGCUCCCGACAUGAAAGGGCAGGCAACCAUGGUCCUGAGCUCUGCACACUUCUGGCUGGGAUUGUUUCUGGUCCCCACUGCCUGUUUGAUGGAAGACGUGGCGUGGAGAGCGGCCAAGCACACCUGCAAAAAGACGUUGCUGGAGGAAGUACAGGAGCUGGAAACCAAGGCCAGGAGGAUGGGAAAAGAGAUGCUGCAGGACAGCAGUGGAAAGAGGAUGAAUGAACGCGACCGUCUGAUAAAGAGGCUGAGCAGGAAGACGCCCCCCACCCUGUUCCGAGGCAGCUCUGUCUCCCAGAGCGUCCCCCAUGGCUACGCCUUUUCUCAAGAAGAGCACGGAGCUGUUACUCAGGAAGAAAUAGUCCGUGCGUACGACACCACCAAGAAGAAAGCGAGGAAGAAGUAAGAUGCGCGUUCUCCCGACGGAUCCGAGGAGACACACUCGGUUGGUUGCACCCGGUGUUAACACGUCUUGGGCAGAAGAGACAGGCGGCAGCCGCCGAAAACACCGGACACACAUUUCUGUGGCCUUAGCCAACCAGUUGGUUAGUUAUAUAUCCCCUCGCACACCCGGAGUAGAGCCCGCUGGGGAAGCCAUUUCGUUCCCUCCCCGUCUGUCUGCAGUGCUUGGCCGGACUUCUGUUUACAUUGUUAUGAAGCAUUCCGCUGUGCUCUGUGAGGUGUGAAAUUAAAAACAUUAUGUUUCACCAAUAGCUAAACCCCAGGACUAGUUGCGAGAGAACAGGAAGGCGGUUUUAUGUUGCGUGAGAGACCCAUCUCGUGUGACUUCGGCGGGCGCGCCCGCUUCCUGUUGGGUCCCUCACAGAUGACGUCAGCCAGGCCGCCUGCAAAGGUCACCCUGGACGGCUGACACUGGCGCCUUGCGUCCUGUUUUGUGUGUAUGGAGUUGGCAUGAACUUCCUGAUGGCGGUGAAAUCACGAAAAGCCUAUCUUGGGGUGGUAAAUCAGAGAACAUUUAUUCGACGCUCAGCUACAGUCGCGGGUGGGCAGACCGGCGACCCGUGCCUGUGCACCCGCGCCAGGUGCCUGCCAGCGUCGACCACCCGACCACCGCUGUGCAGGCGCCCCCCCAUGCUCAGGCCUUCUGCGUGGCUGGCCACUGUGCUCAGUGCAUGGCUGCUGCAGCCCACCAGCCCCGUCUGCACCUCUCGCUGUCCUACUGCGGACUCCUAGGGAUGCCGGAAGUCCCUUCUCCCAACACUCUUUUCGGUCUAUAUAAGGAAGAGGAACAGCUAUUCCACCUGUAUUCCAAACGUUUACCUGCUCCCUUCUGGCUGGGAAGUCUCCGGUCAGGUGGCGGAGGAACCCCCAGGAUCCAUUGCCCAAGCUCCAGACCCCAGGCCUUUGACAGCCGCUUGCAUUAGAAGGCAUGUGUUUGGUGGGAGUUGAGAUCACAUCUUGGAUUUUCACUGUAGGGAAAUGAGCGCCUCCUUCUUGUACCAGUGGAUCACUCCUGUCCCUCUGUAGCUUUGGGGUGGAGCAUGAGGCAACCCAAAGGGAAAAUCCGAGACAUGGAGAGCGGCCAGGAACAUUCAGAAAGAGAAGGAAAGGCAGGGGAGAGCCAGGGAGGGGCGCCCAGGACAGUUUCCACCAGAUGUCCCCUCAAGUCAAGCCCUGAGUUGCAGAAGAUCCUUGUCAUCAGCUUCUUGUGCGUAGAAGCUCAAACAAGACCUUGACUCGCAGUCAUCAUGGAGGAGAAUUCCAGCCAUUUCAAGGGAAUGCCCAUUCUUAAUAUCGACCGGGGACCUUUUGGGGUAUCAGUGUCCUGUGUUCCGAGACAAGGCAGCGGUGUGCUGAGUCCCUGGCUUCCCCAGCUGCACAGCCCCCUGUUCUAAAUUUGGAUCGAAGCUGGAUGCCUUCGGGCAUGAACGUGAGCACCUGGAGCCCUAAUAAGUGACCCGCCUGCAGGCAUGUUCUCUCCUCUUUGCUUUGGUUGCCAAGGCAGAUUUUUGGAUGGCUUAAAGUAAAUACUUCUGGGCAGCUGUUACUGGUUAAAAUGGCACAGUUCCUCUGGGAACGGUUGUGCUAAAUUAGGAAAUAAAACAAUAGUGCACUUUGCUUCCUAGCCCUUUUAUUUUCAGAACUUCCACAACGUCUUGGCAUUGGAAAUCAGCUAGAAUGUGAUUUGCAUCUCGUGCUGUGGCUGGGGUGCAGGAGGGGAUGGUGGGGAAGUGCAGCAGUACAACUUGCAGGUGAGACGCAGAAAAUCGCCCUUCCUUCCCCAGAGGUGCGUAAGAGGUGUUUAAACACUAGAGCAGCCAGCAGGCUGAAUCAGUGAGGGACUGCGGUGCAGAAAGUUUGCAACAAAAAGUGUACCUGGAGGUGUAACACAACACCCCAAGGUUUGUGUCUUCCCUGCACAUCAGAAGAUCAUGGUCAAAACCCAGAGCGCAAAUGAACAUGGGAAUUGAUUGUGUGUUAGGCAUUUUCACUAUGUGGGAACUUCACGAAGUCCAUGGAAGAAAAUCAAGUGAUAAAUUUAUUUUGGUGCAAAUGACUUGAAUCUAGGCAUCCUUUUUUUUUUUUUUUCAUAAUAGUAUUUUUCAUCAACUUUGUGAAGACCCGCCUCAUGUGUGGUUUCAUCUGGGAUCUAAGCCUGUUUGGAAAGAGUGAUUUAAAACUGAGUUUUCUGUCACACACUUAGCUCUUUCUGGAACUUGCAGCCUUCCAAAUCGUGUUUGUGAAUUAAACUGUAUGUUUGUGUCUGUUUGGAGUUUUUUGUUUGUUUGUUUUAUUUUCUUGGUUAAAGCACAGUUCACAUUUUCUGGGAUUUAUGUGUAUUUUCCUUUUCUUUGGAGAAGCAGACUAAACAGUCUUUGAGAUAAUGAAAUAUGCACACGGGAGAAGAGACUCUUCGGAGGCAUGCCUUUCUAUUUAUCCUCCCCUGUGAUGAAGCUUUCUUAUAGCCAGGGACUAGAUAGGGUUUCGAGGAGGAACAGCUGUGACUAUGUGUGAUAUAGAAUAUUCAGCCAGCGCGACUUGGGGCUGUGUCACUUGUCCUAUCUUUAAAUUGAGGUCAGAAUGUCACACAAAUCCCUUCCCCAGGGAAGCGGGUGGAUGGGACCAGGUUGCAUGCCCUGGCUGUCAGCUCAGUGGAAAUGCCACCUGGGACUUGUCAGUCUGCCUCACAGGCUGGUAGGUCAUGCUCGGUCAGCACUCAGGGGCCUGCCUAUGGAUAGCCUAAGCUGGCAGAACCACUCAGGUCAACGCUUCCACCAGUGCUGCCUGUAGCCAGUCGGCUCUCAGUUGAGGCCGCAUGGCUGACAGCAGGGAGAGGCCUGCUACCGUGUGAAUUUAGUUCUCAGUCUACCGCUCAUGCACCCAUGCCCGCAAGGGUAGCUGUGAGAAGACAGACUGCAAAGGGAGGAGGGAGAGCAGAAGGCAUUAGAACCCGUGGCUGCUCAGAGUCCUGUCUCUGUGUGGAGUAUCCCAGGCUGCCUGCUUGGCAUCAUGGUCCCAUCUCCCAACCCAACAGGUGCACACGCACACACACACACUCACAUGGAGAAACAAGUGACCACUUUUGGAGAUCAUUGUAGCAUACAAAACCUGUGCUUCGGAGAAAGAAAGGAGAUGGUGUUGCUUUAACACUCAUCGUAAAAGGGGAGCCAGGGUUGGAGCAGAGAUCAGCCAAGAACUGUGUUGACGUUUGCUUUUCCUUGACAAGGCUUCGGGUUUUGCUAUAGGGAGCUGGCAGUGAAAACCAGUAAUAACUUGUCAAGAAGCAGUGAAUAAUGGAAAGACAGGGAAUCUGGGGAGCUAAUGUUUGAAAAUGCAGAUGGACACACUCAGGUGAAUUUUUUAGGAAGAAGGCUAUAGCUCUGUUCUCCACUUGUUGUAGCAGUGACCCUUUAUCUUGUUUAUCUGAACCACAAGGUUUUCUAGCAGAUCAGCUGGUUCCCAGGGAUUUAUGUCUCAGCCCCUACCUUGAAUAGAAUGUUUGCAAAAUGCUGCUGUGGGAGAAGGCAGGUCUUUAGCUCUGAACAUGUGAAAACAGUGCACACAUUUCAGCCCCGGUUUAAAUUACUGCUCAGGGUCAUUGUCCCAAAGUAAUUCAAGGAGUGAUUUAGCUUCAGCAUUUGAAAUGUAGCCUCCAUCUCCUGGGAUCCAUAAAAAAAUGUGAGCAGGCAAACCGCGGCUCAGCAGAGCCUGCAACAGUAACUUGGCAGAGGGUUUAGGUGAAGCCCGAAGGUGGCACCCCUGUCAUAUUCAUCAGGCAUGUCCCUCAUGCAAACGCUUAAGUUACCAAAUACACUCUUGGAGAGCGCCAUUCACUAAGGCUGCCCUGCUGAAAAUAAAUAAAUAAAAGUGCACACUAGUUGGUUUUAUUGUUGGUUUUGCAUUAGCUCAAGGCAGGUAUCUGUCCUGUUUAGUACUACCUUGAGGGAGUUCAGUGAACCUCCCAAUAAGGCUUUUUUCCAUCUUGAAGGACAGAAGGAUUUCCAAAGGGUCAUAGAGUGGGGACCGAAGACCCCUGUAACGACAUUAUUAUGUAUGCAUGGAAGGAGUAGACCAGGAAUAUUCAACUUGAUGUGUUCUUCCUUUAUUUAUUUUUCCCCUCCGCAUCCCUAAUCAUCCAACAUUACCCAUUUUCAUUCCCCUUCAACCUCCAUGAGUUGCUUUGUUUGAUCUCAUACCUGCCAUACCUGCUGGUUCUGGCUGUCUCGCAGCGUGUUGGGUGUGAUUUGUGAAUGUGGGACUCAGGCUCGAGUGGGAAGCGAAGGUACUGAGUUGACAUCAGCCUAAGUGGUCAGAAACCACAAACAACUGGGAUCCGCAAAGAGAGCUGAGCUCACCCCCGCCCCGCAUGGGAUCCAUAGACGCCGACCUCGGCAGAACACCUCUGCUCUCCCAACAAAAGACUGAUUCUUUUUGCACCCGGCCUGGCUCAUUGUCAAAUGACAAUCUCUGGCCCGGGUUGCCUUUGAGAUAUCUGCUCUGCUCCUUCUCCCAGGCGUCGGACCAAGAAAAACAGGCUCACACGAUUAGCCCACAGGCGCUGCCGCUGACCUGGCUGCAGAAAGGAGACGUGUUUGUUUGAAAAGUCAGGAACAAAAUGUCAGGUGGCUUUGAUUUAUGACAGAAAUAGGAAGAAGAAAGUUGAAGGAACAGCACUAUCCAAAUAACCCUGCCCAGGAAACUUAGGGGUCAAGAGAGCUUAUCACGAGCCUUUUAUAGGUGAGCUCUUCCGUGCGGAAGAGAAGAGGCCGGAAAGAGGCAGAGGCCGCCAGAGCAGCUGUGAACGCACUGGCCGUGGCUCAGAGCGGCCAGGGGUGGGAUCCGGUUGUGUUGCCAGAGAUGGUGUAGUGUGCAGUUCCAGUUGAGAUACCAACCGCCAACACUACACCAAUCACAAAACAAAACAAACAUCUUCCUGCUCAUGGAGUUCCUCGCCCUCCGACAAGCACCGCCAUAAAUAGAGGCGCUCCUUCUGUGUCAAUUAAAACAAAAAUCUCCGCACCAAGAAAGUCUGGGAUCUGUCACUAGCAAACUCAUAUGGAAAGGACUGAAGCCAACUCUGGCUGUCCUCUCUGGUGCCCUUUCCCAUGUCUCCAGUGAUGGCAGAGCUCAGAGACCAGCCAGGCUGCGCCCCUGCAGCACCCGCACACACACCCCGUCCCUGACCAUCAAGGGCAAUGCCAGGGCUUUGGUGGGGCCAGCUGCAGGGGCGGGGCGUCGUUCCUGCGGGUCCCUCAGUUGCCGUUUGAACGCAGCAUCUUUGUGGCGUCUUUCUCUCCUGUGAGCAGAGCCAUGUGCUCUCCUGUCACAUCUGUGCUUGGAUUGCUUAAAUAUUGUUUGUGAUGGGAGAUUUUAAUCUGGUUAUGCAGGGGGAAGCGGGCUGUGGGGCACAUUUAAUUGGCUCCCAGCAGAGCGGUGAGGCUUCUGAGGCAUGUGGGGAUUUUGUUCCCUCCCUCUAGAAGUGUUAGCGUUUUCACGUCCUAUUAAUGUCCUCUGAUUGUUAAAUUACAGCAGCACAUUCUAGUGGAGCUGGGUUCUGUCCUGGAGUGAAUACAAAUGAAGAGCAUCUACUUGUAUGUUUAGAGGUUUUUGGAGAAUUUAGUGAUUUGUGGCUUUGAUCAAACCUGUUGACUGGUAUAUGUCUACACAAACCUGUUUCAAAUAAAUCUUUUGGUAAAGUAA